AUGUCAUUCCUCGCCACCAUCCGUGUCUCCUCCCGUCAAGCUAUCCGAACCAACUUCGCUGUGCCAGCUUCCACAUUCCACUCUUCGGCAGUUCGAAACUUGAACGAGGAUGAUCGGAGCCGUGAGAACCUUUCCUACCACUAUGAAUUCCAUAAGCAAGAAGGCAUCAAGAACACCAAGGAGGGCAAGGGAAAGUGGAAGUCUGAGUUGGCUAGUAACAGCGAGGCAGGCGUCAAAGCAGAUCGCGGUGAGUUAGACGAUGAUAUGUCUUUCCGGGAGAUGCAGGAGAAAACAAAACAUGUGAAAACCGAGAAGAUCAACAAGCAAUAA